CCCCUCCGGGCUGGACCGCGGAUGGUACGUUCCGCACGUGAGCUGGGUGCUGGUCUGGCCGGCGACGCGCGUGCCCUGUGGCCAAACACUGCCCGGAGUGAGAGCAAACUACCAGCGCAGUGGGGCUGGCGCGAGUGUGCGUGCGUGUGUGUGCGUGUGUGUGCGAGAAAGCGAGCGCGGUGGGAGGGGGGGACCAACUGCUUCACACUUUCAACACUGCACUGAAGAGGGAGAGACUGGAGACGCACAGAUUCCCCCCAAGAUCUCCCAAAGCUACCGUCCCACAGAUUUUAGAACAGAACCCCAAAAAUCGAAACAGAGGAAACGGACAGCGGUUGAACAUGGACGAAGGAAUUCCUCAUUUGCAAGAGAGACAGUUACUGGAACACAGAGAUUUUAUAGGACUGGACUAUUCUUCUUUGUAUAUGUGCAAACCCAAAAGGAGCAUGAAGCGAGAUGAUAGCAAGGAUACCUACAAAUUACCGCACAGAUUAAUAGAAAAGAAAAGAAGAGACCGAAUUAAUGAAUGCAUUGCUCAGCUGAAAGAUUUAUUGCCUGAACAUCUGAAGUUGACAACUCUGGGGCAUCUGGAGAAAGCGGUAGUCUUGGAAUUAACUUUGAAACACUUAAAAGCUUUAACAGCCUUAACCGAGCAGCAGCAUCAGAAGAUAAUUGCUUUACAGAAUGGGGAGCGAUCUCUGAAAUCGCCCAUUCAGUCAGAAUUGGAUGUGUUCCACUCGGGAUUUCAAACAUGCGCCAAAGAAGUCUUGCAAUACCUCUCCCGGUUUGAGAGCUGGACGCCCAGGGAGCCGCGGUGUGUCCAGCUUAUCAACCACUUGCACGCUGUGGCCACUCAGUUCUUGCCUACCCCCCAGCUGUUGACUCAACAGGUCCCUCUGAGCAAAGGCACGGGCGCGCCCUCCGCCGCGGCCCCCACUGGGUCCGCGGCCGCCCCCUGCCUGGAGCGCGCUGGGCAGAAGCUGGAGCCCCUCGCCCACUGCGUGCCGGUCAUUCAGCGGACUCAGCCCAGCGCGGAGCUCACCGCCGAGAACGACACGGACACUGACAGCGGCUACGGCGGCGAGGCCGAGGCCCGGCCGGACCGCGAGAAGGGCAAAGGUGCGGGGGCGAACCGCGUCACCAUCAAGCAGGAGCCCCCCGGGGAGGACUCGCCGGCGCCCAAGAGGAUGAGGCUGGAUUCCCGAGGAGGCCCAGGGGGUGGCGCGGCGGCGGCGGCCGCCGCACUCCUGGGGCCCGACCCCGCUGCCGCGGCCGCUCUGCUGAGACCAGACGCUGCCCUGCUCAGUUCGCUGGUGGCGUUUGGCGGAGGCGCGCCCUUUGCGCAGCCGGCGGCCGCCGCGGCCCCCUUCUGCCUGCCGUUCUACUUCCUCUCGCCUUCGGCGGCCGCCGCCUACGUGCAGCCCUUCCUGGACAAAAGCGGCCUGGAGAAGUACCUGUACCCGGCGGCGGCCGCCGCCCCAUUCCCGCUGCUGUACCCCGGCAUCCCCGCCCCGGCUGCCGCCGCCGCCGCCGCAGCCGCCGCCGCCGCCGCCUUCCCUUGCCUGUCCUCUGUGUUGUCGCCCCCUCCCGAGAAGGCUGGCUCCGCCGCCGCCGCCGCGACCCUCCUGCCGCACGAGGUGGCGCCCCCUGGGGCACUGCACCCGCCUCUCCCGCACGGCCGCACCCACCUUCCCUUCGCCGGCCCCCGUGAGCACGCGAACCCGGAGAGUUCUGCUCAGGAAGAUGCCUUGCAGCCAGGAAAGGAAACCCCCUGAAUCCUUGCGCCCCUUUCUUAGGAGGAAGGUUCACGAGGAAUAAUAUUAAUAAAAUACCCUUAACGUUUUUUAAGGGGGGAAGUGUAAUAGAUGCACGACAGGCUUUAAAAAAAAAACAAAACAAAACAGGUGUUUUGUGUACAUUUGGAGUUCCUGUUUUGCUCAUCCCUCACCACCCCAACCUCCAACACACUAGCAUCCCUUUCUUCCCACACCAGCUGUAAAAGAACCUCCGCGCUAGAUAUUGAUGUUUUUUCUUUAAAGAGCUCCCCAAAAUAAGUUUUGCCGUCCUUUAGGCCAUGUUCCAUUAUCUUUUAAAAUGCAGAACCUAAUUCUCGAGGAAGUAAGAAGGCUCUGGUCUGUGGGUGAGCUAAUUGAACCAGGGUAGAGGAAAGGUGGCGGAGGAGUUGACAUCGAACAGCAGGUCAAGUCAAUGACUCAGAGCUGUCCUGCCUGCUUCAGGAGGCUUUCCUCGAACAGAAUGAGGAUCUUUCAGAAUUGAAUUUACUCUUCAGUAUUUUAUAAUGUUGAGCUCUUUAAAAGGCCUAUGUUUUUCAGAGGAAGAGAGGAUGCAGUGGCUCACGUUGCAACCUAUUCUGAAGUGGUUUGAAUGGUAUCUCUUAGUUGCACUUGUUUAAAGAGACACGGAGUUAGGCCCUCAUCAGAACUAAGUGGAGGAAGGAAAUGGAUGAGGAAGGCCAGAAUAAUUCUUAGUACAUUUGCUGGCACUUUAUUGAGAAAUUGACCAUGAAUCAAUUUCAUUACAUAUAUAUAUAUAUAUGUUAUAUAUGUAUGUAUGUAUUGCAUCUAUUCCCACCCUGCCAUUUAAUCCUCAUGUUCCUACGUUUUUAUAAUCUUGCUGUAAAAAACAUAAAGAAUGUGCACUGAACUUAAAAAAAGAAAACAAGUCCAAACUGAUUUAUCCUACAUUCUGUUAAAUCACAAAAGUGGAGGAAAGCAUUACUCAGUUUUGAUUGGAAAUUCUGUAAAGAUGUGGAAUGAAGCCCUGCGAGGCCUUCCCAUCUCCAAGUCUGUGUAUUUUCUGGAGACCAAAACAGAUACGAGAUAAUCACAAAGAAAGCUUUUUUUUUUUUUUUUAAAUAAGGCUUAAACCAAGACCUUGUCUAGAUAUUUUUAGUUUGUUGCCAAGGUAGCACUGUGAGAAAUCUCACUUGAAUGUUAUGUAAGGGGUGAGACACAACAGUCUGACUAUGAGUGAAGAAAAUAUCUGGGUCUUUUAGUCAGUUUGGUGCAUUUGCUGCUGCUGUUGCUACUGUUUGCCUCAAACGCUGUGUUUAAACAACGUUAAACUCUUAGCCUACAAGGUGGCUCUUAUGUACAUAGUUGUUAAUACAUCCAAUUAAUGAUGUCUGACAUGCUAUUUUUGUAGGGAGAAAAUAUGUGCUAAUAUUUUGAGUUCAAAUAUCUUUUGGGGAGGAUUUGCUGAAAAGUUGCACUUUUGUUACAAUGCUUAAUGCUUGGUACAAGCUUAUGCUGUUUUAAAUUAUUUUAAAAAAUAAAUAAAUACUGUCUGCAAGAAGCCAGCUGGUUUAGAAAAGUUUAGUAUGUGAAGAUAAACUAGAAAUUAUCUUUAUAUUCUAGUAUUUUCAACACUCCAUAAAUUCUAUUACCUAAAUAUUGCCACAUUAUUUUGUGAUCUUAAAAUUCUUACUAAGGAAUAAAAACUUUAAUACAUGAUAUGAAAUUGUCUAAUAAUUAAAAAGGCAUAAUGGAUGCUCCAUUAAUUUUAAAAGAUCUAUGACUAUAGGGAUGAAAGUCAUGCAGGUUCUCAGAUAUAUGACUUUUUGUCAUUGGCUUGCUAUCACACAUUUCCAGUCUCUUGCAAGCCUCCAGGCUCUGGCUGUUUACCUGCUUGUUCCCAACGUAGCUUAAUGAAAAGUGGAAAACCUACCAAU